AUGGAAAAGAAAACGGAACCAUCAGUACUUGCAGAGAAUGAUGCAAAAUCCAAUUGCAGCCGCCGUCCAUCAAUGAAUAGCUAUGAUCUUGCUAUUGAACUUACAAACAAUGAUGACCUAUUACGGGAGAAGCAACAAAAUAAAAUUUCUUUAUCAGUUAAAGAAGCGAUUGUUGGAAUUACUGUGGUUAGGGAUGUCCUCAUAUGUUAUCAUAUUUCCAAGUAUCUCAUUCUUAAUGAUCCUAUUCAACGGUUACAGUUUCCAACAGUGCUGCAGGCUGGAGCUGUAAUUUUAUCUAUUAUUGGUGUUGUGUUAUUUGCAUAUUCUGAUGGCUUUGGAACCUUUGCGAUAAUAGGCGUAGUAUUAGCUGUUACUUGCUCUGUUAUAAGCGCAUUCUAUCGCGUUUUCGUAAAAUUAAUAAUUGGCGACAGGCCGCUCCUUCAGAUAUCAUUACUAGUUUCCAAUAUUGGUGUAAUAUCGCUCUUCUUAUCUUGGAUACCAGUAAUUAUACUAAGCAAUAUCGGCGUUGAUAUAAAUUUAUGGUCUACUAUUCCUUGGGGACCGCUAAUGGUAGCUGUUGCAUUUAAUGUAUUAUAUAAUUUUUUGGUUAUACUUGGGAUUGCCAUAACUUAUCCGAUAUUCGUUUCCCUUGGUGCACUUUUUGGAAUACCUUUAAACUCGAUUAUUGAUGCAGUAACGCGCAAUUUAGCAUUUACGGAAGCCAAAAUUUUUGGUACGGUUUUACUUAUUUUAGCUUUCGUAAUCCUAUUAAUACCAACAGGAAAAGCUAUAAAAAUUUCUCAAAAAUUUACCAACAUCAUUCUGUGUAAAGUAUCGAAAGAUACACAUCAUCCUCAAGAUUAG